AUGGAUGACUAUAGGAAAUACUUGGCCCAGCAAAUCCUAACGGAGGACAAGCUCGUCACAUAUCGACUUUUGAGUCGCGCAUUAAAAGUCCAUGUCAACACUGCCAAAGAAAUGCUAUAUGAGUUUCACAAGUGGCAAAAUGACAAGCGUCCAGACACCCUCCACGCAACUUAUCUGGUGUACGGGACUCGAAAGAAGCAAGUCGAGGCAAAUGGCGAUGUAGAAAUGACUGAUUCUCAGUCUGAGAACGAGACUGAUGUCUCUUCAAACACCAUGACCCUGGUGCGGGAGGAGAAACUGCAAGAGGCUUUGCAGCAAUAUGAAGAAGUCACGUCCAUACAUGUAUACAGUCUAGCCCCUCACCCCCUCAAGGACUUGCAAUUAUUGGUCGACACGGCUCAGACUGUAGCAAGAAUGACGCUCGAGGAGGACUCGACUGGCUCGGGCAAUGUUUACGGGAUGAUUGCCAAUCCUGGUGUUCGGAAGAGAGAGCGCAAGGGCGGAAUGCCCAAAGCAGCACCAGCUGUGCCAAUUGUCAAGGCCGAGCCUAAAGCACAAGUCAAGCAAGAGUCCCAGCCCGCAGUCAAGGAAGAGCCCAAGACAUUGAAGACAGCACCAACCAAGGAGAUGAAGGGUCCUGUGGCUACUGCUGCGAAGAAAGCUGCGGCUGCUCCCGCUCUAAAGCGUCAGGGCUCCUCGGGGGGCAUCGGUCAAAUGUUUGCCAAGGCAGCGGCAAAGCCCAAGAAGCCUGCCCCUAGAACGACCUCGAAUACACCAUCGGUGAUUGACACCCCCAGCCCGGCGCUAUCUGACGAAGGUGAAGACGAUUCUGAAAUGCCCGACGUCAAGCCUGAUCCAGUAGCCGCUCAAGCCAGAAAGAGCCGGCAGAAUGAACUUCGGAAGAUGAUGGAAGAAAGCGACGAGGAGAUUGAGCCUAAAGCCGAAACUCCGGCAGAAGAGCCCGAGGAGGAGGAGAUGGAAGAGAUACCGGCCGAGCCUGCGCCUAAAGCCGAUGAGGGUCCGAGUGAAGUUGUCUCGAGCACGGGCAACGGCCGAAAGCGCGGCAAGAGGAGAGUCUCGAAAAAGGUUACGAAGAUGGACGAUCAAGGUUACCUGAUUACGUCUCAAGAGCUAGCUUGGGAGUCAUUCUCAGAAGACGAGGCUCCCCCGCCACUCAAAACAAAAGUUGAAAAGACCGAGAAGCCUGCUCCUGCUGCAAAGGGCAAGAAAGGUGGCGCAAAGGGCCAGGGAAGUAUCAUGUCCUUCUUUGCCAAGAAAUGA